AUGUCGCAGGGCUACGUGCGCGACGCGGACAAGCUUGUCAAUGGUUGUGUGAUGGUGGCUGCUGCGGCUGCUGCUGCUCUGGCGCCGCAUCCUGGGACACCGACGGCGGGUGGCGUGGCCGACCUGUCGACGACGUAUGUGGAAGCCCGGGCUGCAGCCCGCAAGGCGCUGGGCUCGGCAGCAGAGGUGCGGAGCCUCUCGAAUGUAGUCUUCAAUGUCUGUGUCCGUGAGCACGGUGCGCAGCUAGUGUGCGUCCUCGUCGACGUUGUCACCGCUAUGCUCACCCGGUUCGUGGGAAACUCGCCAGGCGCACCUGCGCUGAUGGCCUCUGACGCCGAGGCGGCGCUGGGCGUGUAUGCGGCGCUUGCCGGUGCUGUCGAUGCCAUCGAUGAAAACAUCCUCAUGCAUCUUCACGAUUAUAUCGCGUCCGAGGCCGGCUCGGCCGUCUCGGUCAACUCACCGCUCGAGCUCGACUCGUUCCUCAACGACGAUGGGACCCGCAAGCCGCAUCCCUCCAUCUCGCCCGAUGCCGACGGUUCGGAGGACGACGUCUUUGCCGCCGUCGGCUCUGUCCCGCGCCUGGUCAACAUCAUGCCGCUCCCUAAUUGGGUUGCUCAGCUCUUUGUCUCGGUCGCCCUCCCGGGCAUCGACCCGACCGGCCUGCGCGCCGCCGUCGACCGCGCCUCGGCUGACGCCGCUCUGCCGGCCGCCGCCAAGCUCGCUCUCGAUCUCCUCAUCUCGUUUGUCUAG